AUGAACACUGAAGAAAGCCCUUUGGAGGUCCCACCCACCCCGAUAGAGAGCACAGGGAUAUCUCGCCCAACAGCAACAGCAUCAUCAUCACCAUUGAAACCAACAAUCACAAAGGAAUCUCCAAGUGGUUCAAGAAUAACGACACAACAGUCCUCGGGCUCUUCAAAAAAGAAACAUUCCAGCGCUGGUACUUCAUCAAUUUCAUCCUCCUCCUCAUCCUCAAAUACCCAUUCCGAUGCAUUCAUUGCACAACAAUUAAUGAAACGAAUUAAAGAGAAAAAAGGAGGAGUUAAAGUAGUACAAAAAAAGGCUUCCACAACAAGCACUUCAUCAUCAUCCUCGCAACAACCCAAGGAUAAUGAUUAUUCCGAUACUGAAAAUGAACCAAAAAGCGAAUAUAAAAAAGGAGGUUAUCAUCCGGUUGCAAUUGGAGAUCGAUUGGGCAACGAUCGGUAUAUUGUUGUUCAUAAAUUGGGUUGGGGAUAUUUUAGCACCGUUUGGUUAUGUUAUGAUUUGGUAGAAAAAAUUUUCAGAGCUGUGAAAAUUCAGAAAAGUCAAAAAGACUUCUCAGAUGCAGCCAUGGAUGAAAUUAAAUUAUUGGAUCAUGUCAUGAAGAAAUUUUCAGAAUUGUAUAGUCACUAUAAUAACCAACAGGAACACGUUGUGACUCUAGGAGAAGAAGCAACAGCAUGUAAUAUAGUAGAAGAUGAAGCAACGAAUAGUAAUUGUGUGAAUAAUCAAUACUUGUCACAACGUACAAGUGUUGACUAUUCUAAAUUAAGAGUGGUAGGAAUGUUUGACCAUUUUUUGGUGCGAGGAGUUAAUGGUACUCACGUCUCCAUGGUUUUUGAAGUGGUAGGCCAUAAUUUAUUGAAAUUAAUCGAGCAAUACGAAUAUAAGGGAAUGCCACUUAGUUUAGUGAAAAUUAUUAUGAGGGAUGUUUUGGAAGGUCUCGAUUUGUUGCACUCACAUUGCAAAAUCAUUCAUACCGACAUUAAGCCAGAAAAUAUUUUGAUUGUGAAGCCUGCAAACAAGAUUCAACAUAUUAUGGACCAUUAUCAGGUGCCAGAUUUUGACGUACCACUCGAAGAGAGAGAUGUCUCAACUCUCAACAAGAAACAAUUGAAAAAGUUGAAACAAAAACUCAAACACGAGAAUCGACUACAGGAGCUACAUGAAUUGGAAGAGAAAAUUGAAAAAAUCGAAAAGGAAGGGUCAGCUAAUGCCUGUGACGACACUGUAAAUGAUCCCACCACCAAACAGCUUAAAAUAUUGCUCGAAAAUGCACCUCCCGAUCAUAUCGAUGUUGAGAACAUUCGUGUAAAAAUUGCAGAUUUUGGAAAUUCUGUUUUUUCUGACAAGAAAGUCACUGACGAUAUUCAAACACGUCAAUAUCGAUCUCCCGAAGUCAUCCUUGGUGCUCGCUAUUUUUCUGCAGCAGACAUGUGGAGUGCAGCAUGUUUGGCCUUUGAGUUGGCCACCGGUCAAUACCUCUUCGAUCCACAAUCAGGUCGAACCUAUAAUCGUGAUGAGGACCAUUUGGCUCUCAUGAUUGAGUUGUUGGGUCCCUUUCCACACGAAUUGCUCUCUCGAGGUUCCAAGACGACCAAAUUCUUCAACGCCUCAAAAGGAGAAAUGUUGAAUAUAAAAAAGUUCAAGCCCACUUCCUUAAAACAGAAAUUGACCGACCAAUACGGCAUGGAAGAAGAGGAAGCCACACAAUUCUCUCAAUUCCUGUUGCCUAUGCUUGAAAUGAUGCCUGAGAGAAGAGCCACAGCCAAACAAAUGUUGCAACACCCGUUUAUUAAGGAAUAA